CAGAUAUUACACGAGCAACAGCCCUGAUUUUGUGCAUGCAGAUUUCAGAAAAAAAGGGAAUCCCGGAUUAUUUUCACAAGUUUCUCGUCUACAGCCUUUUUGGAAAUUAUCUGAAGGAUUUGUUCCCCUGAGAUUUAAGGACAUCUGACAUUUGUGUAUAUUUUUCUCACAUACUGCAUUUGGAUUGACACAAAUCGCUGGACUUUGAUUUUGGAAACAUGCUGAACAACAUGGAUUUGAACUCCAAAGAUUCGUUUUAUUCCCAUUUUGACAACUGUUGCAGCUCUUCCCUUGGGCUUGAGACGAUUAGAUCAAAAGAAAAUCAGGACGUUUUCAUGGAGGCUGAAAGGCAGGCACCUGUUCAGUUGAAUCAAGAGGGUGCGACCGUGCAUCCCAAAGCCGAGGCAUCCAACUCGGAUUUCUUCUUUGACCCAAGCGACGCCUCAAAAGGCAGCGCCCCCUCCUCUUUCGCCUACUCCGGUAGCUUCUACGUUGAGUCAUCGCAGGGACCGGUGUGCAGCACAGAGACCCUGCUCAACAUGAUCACAGAGAUAGUCGGUAUAUCCACGCUGCCAAUCUCAGAAUUCCAGCAAGGUGAUCCUGGCACUUCCUACGCGUCUCUUUCUCCGCUGGAAAACGGCAGGGGCAGCUUUCCAGACGCGGGAUUCCAAAACCAAGGCGCUACUAGUACAGUGGCGAGCGCCUCUCCACCAGUAUACUCACCAGAGCAGGUCUGCAGCUAUCCCGGAGUUCAGACGAACCUCCAAGAUCCCAUUGCAGCGCAAACAAACUUUGGCUCACCGGCCCAGGUUUCAAGCCAAGGACACCCAGAACCGCAGCAACCGCAGCCUGCAACGUUUCCGGUUGUUGUCAAAAAUGAGUUCGAGAGCAGCUGUUACGAAUGGGACCAAUUCAGCAAAUCCGACGCAUACUUACCCUCAAGUUUAGAACCAGAUAUCUUCCCGAUAUCUGGUAACAGUCCAUCUGAGCAACAAGUGGACGUUAAAGAUUUCCUUGACUCCUUGGCUCCCAUUUGCCCCACUGCUGACACUGAGUGCAAAAUAGAACGCGUCAUCAAGCAAGAACAGUGCUUCAUGGGCAACUGCGCACAGAAUUUUGCCAGUGCCCUUUACACUAACUACCAAGUGCCAAUCAUGGAUGUCUCAAAUAAUGUUUUGAAACCCGACGUUUUUUCCAAUAUUGGAGCUCAGACAUUGACAAGCCAGUCAGAUUCAGCUUACACAUCCUCUGCUUUGUCCAGUACUAUAGACACACUUCUUUAUUCAUCUCUUUUGCCAAACACUUUCCCAAGAAACUGCACACGCGUGGACAAACCACCUCGUAUCAGAAAAAGUCCGGCUUCCUCUAACGGACCGGCCAAAGAAAAGCCCUUUUCUUGCCCCAUGGAGAACUGCGAUAGGCGUUUCUCCCGUUCCGACGAGCUGAAUCGGCACAUUCGCAUUCACACAGGACACAAGCCUUUCCAGUGCCGCAUCUGCUUGCGGAGUUUCAGUCGUAGCGACCACUUGACGACGCACACCAGGACUCACACUGGGGAGAAGCCCUUUUCCUGCGACGUGUGUGGCAAACGAUUUGCCAGGAGCGACGAGAGAAAAAGACACGGUCGCGUGCAUCUGAAACAGAAAGAAAAGAUGGAGCUGAAGCCACAAGUAAUUAGUACUUGGCCCUUUACUUUACCCGAGGGAAUCUGAACACGCAUAUGCGCUUUAUAUGGGCUAUAUGUGCAUGAAAUUAAAUCUUUCCGUCUUGGAAGAUUAAAGCUUUGUAAAACAGUUGACCACUGAUUACAAGUUAACGUCUAAGCGUUUGCGAUGUGUCAUGCCAGUCCAGUCCGGGUGACUUGACGGACCGGCUUCCGGUGUAACUGUCAUUGUCGGAGAAGAGGAUAUAAGAAGGUCUCUCAUUUGAAAUCACGGCAACGUAUUUCAAAUGGGUCCGAAUUUUGGAAGGCAUUUCAAGUCCUAUAUACAUGCUAAAGACUGCCAACACUAGCGUUCUAUGCAACAACAAAUGCGUAAAAACUAAUGGACAGCGUUCGGCAUAAUCAUUAGUUAACUAAUAACUCGAGACUGACAUUCUUUGCCUGGAUGUCACUGAAGAGCACUUUCAAAACAGACUCUGAAAUAAAUAAAAUAAUAGAAAACUCGGAACUGUUACCGCAGAAGCAAACAGCAAAGUUCAGAACCUCCUUGUCUGGACAGCUACAACCUCAAAGCAAAAAUGGCAAUCUAAUAUAAAAACGAAAUUGAACUAAGGGUGGUGUGGGGUGUAUUACACUUAAGACUUGGCAGUUGUGAAUCCGACGAUAUGUGCUUUUGAUGCUUUUUACAUAACACUGCGACAAGCCAAACUGUGUUUCUUAAAGUUGCAUGUUCUUGUUUAUAUUGGAAUAUUUCAUAUGAAACAAAGGCAACGUUGUCCUGCUUGGGACAAAAAAGACUGCGUUGUUAAUAUAAAAUAACUAUUUCUUCGGCGCGACAUUUGUGCCAAGGUUUUGUUGUCAAAAUACUGUUGGUUUGUACUUGUGUUGUAUUUUAUUACUUACUAUAUUUAUUACUUGGAUAUAUGAAUGAAAUGUGCAGCACCAAUCCGUGUCAAAAUAAAUAUAUUUGUAUGACUAUCUUUAA